UCAGCGCUCAAUCUGGCGGUUUGACAACACUCCACAAGCUGGAGGCACACAGCGACCGCGCCAGUUUCAGUGUAGCCGCGAGAGACGCGCACCGCUACGAGCCGUUGAUCUGUGCUAGUGAUAUCAUAUAUUAAAAUUAUCACAUAACAGUCCUCACUGCAUAUUUAUUGGCAAUAAUGUCUGAGGAUCAAGCGCAAGCCGUGGAGCAGGUGGCGGAGGAUGUGAAGGACAUCAAGCUCGAGAACGGGACGGCUCCAGGAGCAGCCAACGGAACACCGAGCAAGAGUGAUGAAAGUGUCAUACCGUUUAAGGAUGCUUUUAAAAUGUUCUCCAAAUUUGGAGAUCCAAAAUCGGAUGGCAGACAAAUAACCCUGUCUCAAAGUGACAAAUGGAUGAAGCAAGCGAAAGUGAUCGACGGGAAAAAAAUUACUACAACAGAUACUGCCAUACAUUUUAAGAAACUGAAGUCUGUGAAACUUGGUCUUGAAGAUUAUCAGAAAUUCUUAGAGGACCUUGCGAAGAGCAAGAAAAUUGAGCUUGAAGAAAUAAAGAAAAAAUUAACAACCUGUGGUCAUCCUGGAGUGUCGACGCACUUGACAAAGUCUGCAGCUGCAGCAGCGGCCGUUGAUAGAUUGACAGACACCACUAAAUACACCGGCUCUCACAAACAACGAUUUGACGAAGCAGGCAAAGGAAAAGGCAUAGCCGGCAGGAAGGAACUCGUCGACAAUUCCGGCUACGUUACCGGCUAUCAACACAAGGAUAGCUACAAUAAGUCUCAUUAGCUUCAUGAAUUUCUUAUCCUCAUAAUCCCGUUCAUUUAUGUAGGUUGAAAAUGAUUUCGAAUGUAAGGAACUUUUAUGUGAAUCUUGAAAUGACUAUGUAGACCCUAAUAUUUAAUGAUUGAUUUUAUUAUAAUGAAGUAAGA